CCACUUUCCCCGGCCUGUUCUUCCUUUCCUCAUCGUCUUCCCCCGCUUGUGCCAUUUCCAUAUCUCUUGCGACCAUCACCUAAGGGCUAAGGCUAGUGGUUUUGAUCACCUUGAAGCAAGGCGGAGAAGAUUGUGGUAGCAACAAUGGAGGGUGCAUGCCUGUACGCACUGAAAUCCGCAUGCAGUUGCCUGGUAAGCCAGGCCGCAUCAUCUGCUGCCAAGGAGAUGGCUUUGCAAGAAGGCGUGAAAGGUGACGCCAAGUUCUUGGCCGAAGAGCUCGAUGAGAUGAACGAGUUCCUCGCAGAUGUGGGCAGGGACGAGGCCGGUGUGCUGGUGGAACAAGGCGGCUAUGUGGAGGACAUGGCUUUCGUCAAGAAGAUCCAGGACAUGGCGUGCGACAUCGAGGACUGCCUCCGGGAUCUGGCCCCACAUCGGGAGAGGCCGUCCAAGUGGAGGCUCCCGUUGGAAUCUCUGGCGUCGCGGCACACCGUCGCCGCUGAGCUCAAGGACUUGGUGUCCCAGGUUGACCGCGUGAGCCAGAGAAGGGAGCGCUAUCGACGUGCCCGUGAGAGGGCGCUGAGGAAGCCGACGACGCCCGGGCCGGCAGAGGAGGAGGCACGGCCUGUCGUGCCGGAAAUUGACUGGAAGGUGGAUGUCGGCGAGCUGAUUGCACGGGCAGACGAAUCACUAAUGGUGAUCUCAGUCUGGCUGAUGAAAGACCGCGUCAGCGAAAGGGCAAUUUCCCUCGUCGGCGAGGUCUACGACGCCGCCAUGGACUUCCAGCGCCGUGCAUGGGUCACGGCGACCCACCCCAUCGGCCUCACUGAGUUCCUCCGGGCCUUGGCGAGGCAGUUCCUUGGAAAUGAUCCGGCGACGUCGCAGGGCGCACUCGGUGUCCUGACGGACACCGAGACCAUGGGGGCGGAGCAGCUGAUGGCGGUGGUAGCGCGGCACCUCGAGGAAAGGCGGUACCUGGUCGUGGUCGAAGGCGUGUGCACGAGGCCGGAGUGGGACUGGAUCAAGCUCAUCUUCCCGGAUGACAGGAACGGCAGCAGGAUCAUGGUGACAUCUCGGAGAGCAGAUGUGGCGAGGCAUUGCGCGGAGGGAUCAAGCAGAUCGUUCAAUCUUGAACGAGUUCCAGAUGGUGAUGCAAGGCUUUACGUCUCAUCCGACAAGGGUGCCACCACUGGUCGUGGAUUUAGUGAGGUUAUAAAAGUAAAGCCGUACUCGGAGUUCGUUGGCAGGGAUAAGGAGGUUGAAGAACUGACAAGAUGCAUAUCUCUGAAUGAAUCGGAGUGCGCGUCACUCUCAGUGUAUGGAGCUAGUGGUAUCGGAAAGAGCACCCUUGUCAGAAAUGUCUACAAUAGCACAACAGUACUUAGGAUAUUCCAAAGGAGAGCCUGGGUCGCAAUGGUGCAUCCCUUCAACAAGGAGGAGUUCCUGCGAGACACAAUUUCACAGUUCAAGGCAUACCGAGUUCAGGAGUCCAAAAGUGGUAUCAAGAACAAGUCAUCUGAUGACUUGGUAACAGAGGUUUGUCAGCUCAUGGGGGACGGGAGGUCUCUGCUAGUUGUUGAUGGGCUGUCAGCAGAAGAAGAAUGGGAUCAAAUCAAGUCGUGCUUAUGGCCAAAUAGUGGUAGCUGCACUGCCAUCGUUACGACAGCGAGUGCCGCUGUUGCUAGACAUUGUUCAGAGAAUAGAAGCAGCUUGAUGUACAAGCUGAGACCUCUUAAUCGCGCCGCUGCCCAUCAGUUAUUCUAUCAGAAGGUAUUCAGGCGUGACAGACUAAUUGAAUUAUGUAAACCGAUGGUUGAUCAUGCUAAUCUCAUCAUACAAAAAUGUGAUGGGAACCUUCGGGCAAUCAACAUUAUAAGUGGGCUUCUAGCCACCAAAACUCGAACAUCUACAGAGUGGGAGAAGCUGCUAAACCGUUUUGAUUCGGAGUUAAAGAACAACCCUGACCUUGGGGUUACCAAUGCAGCAGCAAAAUUGAGCUAUGAUGAUUUACCAUCCCACAUGAAAUAUUUGGCCCAAUACCUUAGCGUUUUCCCCCGAAGCUACAACAUAAUGCUCAGAAGAUUGGCAAAAGCAUGGCUAGCAGAAACCUACAUGAGGAAGACGAGAGGAGACAAUGCUGAAUUUGAGGGUAUCUUUGAUGCCCUUGUUACGAGAAGUAUGGUUCAUCCAUUGAAGCGAGCAGAGAUAACAAGCGGAAGAAUAAAUGGCUGCCAUGUUGACGAUGUGUUUCGACAACACUUGUUUUCAGAAGCAAAGUCGAGGGGCUUUAUCAACAUCCUAGAUGAGCACAUGGUGAACAAAAUUUCACAAAUCAGGCACCUAGUUGUUACAAGUGGCUGGACAAGAGAUGAUGAUCAGUUCAAGAGAUUGGACCUCUCCUGUGCUCGAUCACUGACAGUUUUGGGGAAGUGGAGUUCUUGUUUCAUUUCACCAAGCAUGAAGUUGCUAAGGGUGCUGGACUUGGAAGAAACUGAAGGUCUGGUGGAGCAUCAUGACCUUGAGCAUAUCGGGGAGUUCCGGCAUCUCAAGUAUCUGGGUCUAAGGAACACUGGCAUUGCACAUCUACCCAAAUCCUUGGGCAAAUUGCAUGGUCUUGAGGAAUUGGAUAUCCGGGGCACUUACAUUGCUAAGCUGCCAUCUACAUUCAUCCAUCUUACAAGCCUGUGCCAUCUCCAUGGUGGUACGAUGGCCGCAUGCAAUUCUCAGCAAGAGUUUGACAGUGAAAUGACUGGAGAUUGUCCUGGGCUUCUCAAAAAUGCUGUUUCGUCUGCUUUCUGCAUGUGUUUGCUAUGUCUACGUCAGAGGCACAAACCAUAUGGUGUGCGCGUCCCAAAGAAGAUAGGGGAACUGAAGUCUCUUCUGACAAUGGGAACCAUUGAUGCAGCAGGGACCCGAACUGUUAUGAAGGAGGUACAGAAACUUGCACAGCUACGAAAGUUGGGCGUGAUGGGCAUUACCAAGCUUAACAGCAAGCAUCUCUGCUCAACCCUUGAACAUCUGCACCAUCUGCGAUCAUUGAUGGUUCACUCUGAUGAUUCACUCGGCAGUUUAGACACUGUCACCUCACCCCCACACUGCCUUGAAACACUGAAACUGUAUGGCAAUCUCGGUACGCUCCCGAGGUGGACCAAGACACUCCAUAGCCUCCUCAAGCUUUGCCUGAGGUCCACGCUACUGGAUGGGGACGCUGUACAGAUCAUCGCUAGGCUACCCAAGUUGAUCGUGCUACGCCUGCUGGCUAAAUCGCUCGUGGUGGAGGAGAUAGCAUUUCCAAGUGGCGCGUUCCCGAAGCUGGAGCUGCUGCAGCUUGAUCAGUUAGAAAAUCUCAUGACAUUAUCUACUCAAGGAAGAGCAUUGCCAAACCUGGAGAUAUUGCAAGUCUAUAGGUGCAGCUUUCUGAGCGAGGAUAGUUUGCGUCUAUUUCACGACCUACCGAGGAUAAAAAUGGUGUUGAUGGAUGGUACGCUUGUUCAGAGACAACCAAACCGACGAUUCAGGUAUACUCUGGACUUGAAGAAGGAAGAGGAGGAGGAACGGAUAAGACAACGAAUUAGAGCUCAGGUAGGUACUAUGCGAGCUGCAUCCCGCUUCCUGGAAGGAGCAAAAGCAGACAGAUCCGAGAUUGACAUAAGGGAAUAAGCUGGAGCAAGAAGAACCGCACGUCCUCCAACAGAAUAGCUAUUUAUCGCCGGCACUUGGCGAUGGCGAUGGAUGGGCAGUGUGGCGUUGCAGAGUGGUGGUCCUUGUGUAGUUCCGUGUGGGUUGUUCUUGCUUGGGAGAUAUGGCUAUGUCGUGCGGGGCGGGUUGAUGUCUCAAUUUGAUUGAGGGAUAUUCUAUUGUUAGGUUCGUUGUUUCGGUUGUUGUUGUUGCUCGAUCAGGUAGGUUGGGCCGCGUCACUCUGUUACUUUGUUCAGUCUAGAUUUCAUCUUAUUUUUAAUAUAA